AUGUCACCUUCCAUGUCCGUGUCCCCCAUUGAUGCCACCCCCAUGACCAUGUCCCCAUGUCCCCCAUUGAUGCCACCUUCCAUCGAGCACAGCCGCCACUGGUUCUUCAAGGGGCGGUUGGUGGUGGAUGGGCAGGAGAAGCCGCAGUCACUCUUCCAGAGCAUCAUGGGAACCCAGAGCUCCAGCAACCCCAACAAUGUCAUCAAGUUCUCUGACAACAGCAGCGCCAUCCGGGCGUGCCGGUGACGGCGCUGUGGCCGCGGGACCCGGGCCGAACCGAGUCCCUUUGAGAAGAGGACGACCAUCCGGCACGUCAUCUUCACCGCCGAGACCCACAACUUCCCCACCGCUGUGGCCCCCUUCAGCGGGGCGACGACGGGACGGGGGGGCCGGAUCCGGGACGUGCAGUGCACCGGCCGCGGCGCCCACGUCAUCGCCGGCACCGCCGGGUACAGCUUCGGCAACCUGCUCAUCCCUGCUGGGUGGGCACCCACGUGUCCCCCCACCCGUCACCCCCCCCCCCCCAGGGCUAUGACCUGCCCUGGGAAGACGGGGCGCAGCCCGUACCCCAAAUCCUUCGCCCGCCCCCUGGAAAUCGCCAUCGGGGCCGACGGCGGCGCCAGCGACUACGGCAACAAAUUUGGGGAACCUGUGUUGGCUGGUGAGCUUCGCCCCGCUCCUUCGGGCAGGUGCUGCGCGGGGGGGCAGCGGCGGGAGUGGAUCAAGCCCAUCAUGUUCAGUGGUGGCAUCGGCGCCAUCGAGGACGACCACGUCCGCAAGGAGCCCCCCGAGCCCGGGAUGCUGGUGGUGAAAGUGGGGGGCCCCGUGUACCGCAUCGGCGUCGGCGGGGGGGCUGCCUCCUCCAUCCAGGUGCAGGGGGACAACACAGAGGAGCGGGACGCGGGGGGCGUGCAGCGGGGGGACCCCGAGAUGGAGCAGAAGAUGAACCGGGUGCUGCGGGGCUGCAUCGAGAGCGGGGGGGGGAACCCCAUCUGCAGCAUCCACGACCAGGGGGCUGGCGGCAACGGGAACGUCCUGAAGGAGCUCAGCGAGCCGGCGGGGGCCGUCAUCUACGCCAGCCGCUUCAGCGAAGGGGACCCGACGCUGAGCGUGCUGGAGCUGUGGGGUGCUGAGUACCAAGAGUCCAACGCGCUGCUGGUGCGCCCGCCCCGAGUGGGGCUGCUGCGGCGUCUGGCCGCCCGCGAGCGUUGUCCCCUCUGCGUGGUGGGGACCAUCACCGGGGGACGGAUCGUGCUUGUGGAUGACCUGGAGGCGCCGGUGCCCGAGGGGGGGUCCCACAAGGGGCUGCCCACCCCCGUCAACCUGGAGCUCGAGUGGGUGCUGGGCAAGAUGCCCCGAAAGGAGUUCGUGCUGCAGGCGGUGCCCCCCACCCUGCGCCCGCUGGCGCUGCCCCCGGCGCUGUCGGUGCGGCAGGCGCUGGAGCGGGUCCUGCCUCCGGCAGUGGCCAGCAAGCGCUACUCACCAACAAGGUGGAACCGCUCGGUGACGGGGCUGGUGGCCCAGCAGCAGUGCGUGGGGCCCCUGCACACGCCGCUAGCCGACGUGGCCGUGGUGGCCCUGUCCCACUUCGACACGGUGGGGGCGGCCACGGCGUUGGGUGAGCAGCCCAUCAAGGGCCUGCUGGAUCCGGCCGCCGGCGCCCGCCUGGCCCUCACCGAAGCCCUCACCAACCUCGUCUUCGCCGCUAUCACCGACCUCCGCGACGUGAAGUGCUCGGGGAACUGGAUGUGGGGGGCGAAGACGGGGGGCGAGGGCGGGGCGCUGGUGACGGCGUGCGAGGGGCUGGUGGGACUCCUGCACCGCCUGGGCGUGGCCAUCGGGGGCAAGGACUCGCUCAGCAUGGCCGCCCGCGUCGGCACCGAAACCGUCCUGGCACCCGGCACCCUGGUGGUCUCAGCCUACGCCGUCUGCCCCGACAUCACGGCUACCGUCACCCCCGACCUCAAGUGUCCUGACGGCAAAGGAGCCCUUUUGUGGGUGCAGCUGAGCCCGGGGCGGCACCGUUUGGGGGGCAGCGCCCUGGCCCAGGUCUUCUCGCAGUUGGGGGACGCCUGCCCCGACCUGGAGGACCCCGAGGUGCUGGCCGCCGCCUUCCGUGUCACCCAACGCCUCAUCGAAGGUGGCGGGCGCUGCGGGGGGGGCCACGACGUGAGCGACGGGGGGCUGCUGGGCUGCCUGCUGGAGAUGGCCUUCGCCGGCAACUGCGGCCUCCAGGUGGACAUCGCCGCCGUCCCCCCCGACGCCUCUCCGCUGGCCGUGCUGUUCGCGGAGGAGCCGGGGUUGGUGCUGGAGGUGCCGCUGGGCGCCGGCGUUGACGUCUGCCGCCGCUACCAGGAGGCCGGCGUGCGCUGCGUCCCCGUCGGCCACAGCGGCCCCUACGGGCCUGACGCCACGGUUCAGGUGGUGGUGGCAGGCACGACCGUGCUGUCCGAGCCCGUUGGGGACCUGCGGGCGCUUUGGGAGGAGACCAGUUUCCGACUGGAGCGGGAGCAGGCGGCCGUGGACUGCGUGGCCCAGGAGGAGGCUGGGCUGCGCCGGCGCCAGGGACCUACUUUCACCCUCACCUUCGACCCCUUCGAGGAGCCCCCCCUGCUCCAGCACAUGGAGCUACCAGGGCCGCGGGUGGCCAUCUUGCGGGAGGAAGGCAGCAACGGGGACCGCGAGAUGGCGGCCGCCUUCGUCAUGGCCGGCUUCCAGGUGUGGGACGUGACGACGGAGGACCUCUGCUCGGGCACCGUCACCCUCGACGGCUUCCGGGGGCUCGUCUUCGUGGGGGGGUUCAGCUACGCCGACGUCCUCGGCUCCGCCAAGGGGUGGGCAGCCGCCGUCCGCUUCCACCCGCGGGCGCGGGUCGCCCUGGAACGCUUCCGCCGGCGCCCCGACACCUUCAGCCUCGGCGUCUGCAACGGGUGCCAGCUCCUGGCCCUGCUGGGCUGGGUUGGGGCCACCCACUGGUGGGUGCUGGGGGGGGGGGGCACCCAGGAGGGGGCCCCCCCCGCGGUGGUGCUGAGCCCCAACGCGUCGGGGCGCUUCGAGUCGCGGUUCGUGGCCGUGCGCCCGGGGCCGGCCCUGAUGCUGCGGGGGAUGGCGGGCGCCUGCCUGGGCGUCUGGGUGGCCCACGGGGAAGGCCGGUUCCAGUUCCGGACUCCCGAGGGAAUAACGGCGGCGCUGGGGGGGGGCCUGGUCCCCCUUCGUUACGUGGACGACGUGGGGCGCCCCACGGCCGAGUACCCCCUCAACCCCAACGGCUCGGGGGGGGGGCGGCGGCCGCCCUCUGCUCCCCCUGCGGCCCGCCAUUUGGCCGUCAUGCCCCACCCCGAGCGGGGGGUCCGCGCCUGGCAGUGGCCUUGGUGGCCCCCGCUUUGGGGGCGCCCCACGGCGCGGGGCGGGGGGCACGCCGACCACGCCGCUCCUUGGCUCCGCAUGUUCCGCAACGCCUGCGAGUGGUGUUUGCGUCGGCCCCACGGCGAGGACUGAGCCGCCCCACGGCUGUG